AUAUUUAGGGUCAUUGAGCAAUCUUGGUAAAUAUCCUCAUUACUGUCUUUCCUAUAAUUCGAUUCAAUAAUUUGUAAUUCUGUACGUGAAUUUUACAUUUUUCCUUCGGUGGUAGAGCUCAAUGAAAUAUAAAUUUUCUUUUGGUACGCAUUUCUACAGUCCUGUCUUUGCUCGUGGCCGACAAAUAGCUCAGUGAAUCACAACAUCGAAGCAGAGAAUGAAUUGCAUAAUUCUGGUGCAAAUGGCUGUUCGUCAACGCUCGGAUUAUUUCCAUAUUCAACUACGUAUGAUUGGUCAUGUACACUGCUCUACGUGGUAGGAGGGAUAGAAUAAAUCUAGAAAGAGAAUUUUGAAAGAGAAUUGUCGCGUUCUUUCGAUCAGUCAUAUCUCUUCUACACACGGUACAUGUGUAACAGUUUUAAUUUAUAUUCUCCGGCAUUUAAAAAAUUUAGUAAAGAAUCUAAUGAAAGUGAAAAAGUGAAUUUUAUACGCUACACGAUCAAACAAAAAUACCGAAACCAUUCGUUAAAAUAUUAAAAACACAAAAACUGUUUGUUAAAAUAUUGCAAAAAAAAAAAAAAAACAAAAACACAUCCAUUUUAGUUUAAAAUUUGGAUUACUUAAGAUGCUGGCUAUUCUAAUUGACAAUCAAAACUGAGUUUCAAAGUGUAUGUCAACAUCACCUAAUGCCAAUAAAUGAGAGCACAUCGAUCAAUAAAGAUGGAAACAAUCAGGAAAUCGGACGAACCUCAAUGGAUAUUUAGCACGAGGCAGCUCAUAGCGACGCUGAGCCCGCUACUAGCAGCGUUCCUGAUCGGUUUAACAAAUGGUUUUCACACCGUUCUUUUGACACAACUUAUUCCUACAUCCACAACAGACACGAACAACCACGAGAUCUGGAUAACCAGCAACGAUGAUUGGUAUCAAUCGCCGUUUUCUGGCGCCGUGUUUGCUAUUCUAGGUUGUUACUUGUCAGGAAUCGCCAUGGAGAAGCUAGGCAGAAAGAAAUCCACGAUGAUAAUUUUUCAAGUAUCUUUAAUCGGAUGGAUCGUCAUUGGGUUUGCAAGGAAUAUUCUGUACAUCAAGAUUGGAACAACAAUCUGCAGCUUAGGUGUUGGUCUUUUUAGUCCCCUAAUACCAGUUUACAUCGGUGAAAUAACAGAUCCUUCGUUAAGAAGCCUGUUCCUAAGUAUGAUAAACACGAUAAUGACAUUUGGUGUUCUAAUGGCCGUGACUUUUGGCUCUUUUUUUCACUGGAGAAUCGUCAACUACAUCUGUGAGGCAUGUUUAUUGAUAUGUUGGUCGGCCUGUAUUAUAUCUCAAGAAAGUCCAAUCUGGUUAAUGAACAGAGAUCGAAAGAAAGAGGCACUGUAUCAUUGGGUCUAUCUUCGAGGAUGGAAAUCAGAAGGAGAAUAUCGUGCCAUGGAAACAGCUGUAAGAAGAAAUGACGAGCAAAGUAAAUUCGUUGGAUCUACGAUCAUUGUCAGAUUGAAAUACGAUCUGUGUUCAAAAGACUUCUUGUGGCCUCUGUCCGUGUCGUGUAUGUUGUUCUUCGUGUAUUACUUCUCUGGAUACAAAUUAGUGAAAUACCAUAUGCUUGAUAUUAUCUCAACGACUGUUCAGUCUCGCAGCCUCGUUGCUGAAAUAAUUAUAACGUCGAUUAUCUUUGUUACGGAUAUCGUUGCUUGUUUUUUCGUAUGGAAGUGCAACAGGAGAACGUUGGCCAUAAUUUCUGCAAUGGGUACGAUCUCUUCUCUGUUUGUAUUGAUUCUUUACGUGUACCUUAAUCUUGAAGUAUCGUGGCUGAUUAUUACUUGUUGCUUGUGCUACUAUGUAUUUUUUGGAAUCGGUCUGAUACGUUUGCCAUGGAUAUACUGCGGUGAAUUGUUCCCUAGUAAAUUAAGGAGCUCCGGCAGCAGUAUCGUGCUUGGAUUUUCGUACAUUUGUUCUGUAGUGGACGCGAUACUAGCACCAGAAUCGAUCAUACCGUUGGAAAUGCAGGAGCUUUGUGUAAUUUAUUUUACCUUGAUGCUGGUCGGGUGUAGCUUCUUGGUCUGGAAACUGCCGGAAACAAAGGAUAAGACUUUGUUGGAGAUUGAAAGGAUGUUUGACAAGGAAUCAGACGACAACAAUGUGAAUGUGAAUGUUAUGAUGAUCUGAACAAACAAACAUCCUUUGUUCUUGUGAUCGUGUACUUUUAUCUUGUGUUUGCGUUUUGUAUUUAUGUUUUGCGAAAUUGGAUCACUUGGUAAACUGUAAUGAUCGUUGUAGGGCGAGAGUUAGCCUCUUCGAGCGAAAUGCAAAAAAAAAAAUGCAAAAAUCGGCACGCAAAUUUUGCAAUUAUGCCGAUGUAGCUUUAACUGAGAAGUCAAAAUUUGUUAUUUUUCAUUUGUGAUCAACGAAAUCUUUACCAACGUGUCUCUUACAUUUUUCUGAUUAAAAUCACACGAAACGCGAUAUAAUCUGCAGCAUAUUUGCUUACGCAAUGAACGAUAAUUAAAUACAUAUCAAUAAGUAAAUAUAAUUCAAACGAUAUCGCGUUUGAUCUCAUUUUAAUCAGAAAGAUCUCAGAAAUACAAAAAAAAAAAAAUAAAUAAAUAAUCUCUAAAUAUUAAUUUAGAAAAAGUCAGAAAUACAAAAUUUCACUUUCGAAUUGAUUCCUAAAUAGAUUGUCUCAGUGAUAUCUGACGUUGAAUUAUGUUACACUACUCGGCAGUCUCUGUGGGCCAUCGAGCUUCAUGGUGCACCAGAGGAACAUCCCCCAUGUGGAGCUUUUUUUUUAUUAUAGAACGUUUUUUGUAUUGAUUUUUAUAUGGUCAAGCGAUAAGAUUUUGCGACGGUUAUUCAAGUUAACAAAUAAACUCUGAAUGUUUAUGCAAUUAUGACAAGCGUAAAGAUAUGAGAAUGUGUAAAGAUAAGCAUAAAUGUUUAAUAAUCGAAUGAAGUGUGACAAAACAUAAAUAUGCCACGUGUUUAUUACAUACAUAUUGAUAUUAUCCUUAUAAUUGACGGUACCUGACGCAAUUGAUCACUCGAGUAUGCAUAUUUACACAUAUAUAUGUAUUCGAAUGGUUGUAUCAGCGGUAAUACUAACACAGUGUCAGGUAAACAUUAUUUUUUGCUGUUAAUCGUAAUCGAUAGAAUUAUAUCACAUCACCAGUACAUAUAUCGCUAGACUCUAAUGCUAAAUCUUUUAGUAUUUAAUUCUUAAUUGAUGUAGAAUCAUCAAGAACUAUAAUACAAAUCUUGAAAGAAAUCGUAAUGAUAAAAUACUUCAGAGGAAAAAUAAUCCUCUAUCCAUACACUUUGAAAAAUGACACGUUAAUAGUUGCAAUUCUAUUCUCAAUUAAUUGAAUUACAUUUUGGGAAGUUUUUUGAGAAAGGAAUUAUACUCGAUUUUAAUAUUGUACAAAUUAUGUAACGAGUUAAUAAUUCCUUUCUUGGCUUUGAUUAUUCGUGUAUGUUACUACAUGUUCCAUAAUCGUAAUGAAAUUACUUCAUAAUAUAUCGAAAAUUUUGUAGAAUUGAUCUUCCUUGCAAAUUAACUCUGCUGCAGUCGACUAAUUUUUCUAUGAUAAAAUCAGUGUUGUUUAGAAAAUUAUGCACAUUAACGUGAUGCUGCUUUCUUUGUUCGUAAUGUAAUGAAUAUUUUCAACGACAAAGAAACAUGGUAAAAAAUAUAACAAUGUCAACCUUGAUUUCUUUCAUUUAGAAGACUUUAUCAAGAAGAUAUCCUUUAUUUAGUAUUCUUUUUCGCUACAAAAAUUGUUAAUAAUUUCUCUAAAUGUAAUUAAGAACUCGUAAUAUAUUUAAAGGCCGUCCGAGAGUAAUAAAGGUCAGAUUAAAAAUUU